AUGUUGUCAAGCCUUGCCAACCCGCGCCAGGCUGCGUCGCAGCUGCUUAACUUCGCGCUCAUCCUCUCCACAGCCUUCAUGCCGGCGCAGAUGUGGAAGGGUCUUUCCGUUAUUUCCGAUUCUCCCAGUCCGAUCGUCGUUGUUCUCAGUGGCUCAAUGGAGCCUGCGUUCCAGAGAGGAGACCUCCUUUUCCUAUGGAACCGCAACCUCGUCCAAGAAACCGAAGUCGGCGAGAUCGUUGUCUACGAAGUGAAGGGAAAGAACAUUCCCAUUGUUCACAGGGUGGUCCGGAAGUUUGGUGCAGGACCCGACGCGAAGCUCUUGACCAAAGGCGACAACAACCAAGGAAGCGACGAAGAGUUGUACGCCAAGGGCCAGGACUUCCUUGUGCGAAAGGACAUCAUCGGUAGCGUUGUCGCAUACAUCCCCUUCGUUGGCUACGUAACGAUCCUCCUCUCCGAAUACCCCUGGUUGAAGACGGCGAUGUUGGGUAUCAUGGGUCUGGUUGUGGUUUUGCAGAGGGAGUAG